AGAGGUUUAAUGUCAAAAUUAUUUUUGUAAUAAUCGACUAUGAUUGGCCAAUUCUUACUUGCGACACCUAUUGUAGAUCAGGCCUAACCUUUACUAGAGAAAUUUUAUCUAAUAUAGAAAAUAGAAGUAUUAUUUCUCACCAUUACAUCCUAUAUAUCAUGGUUCGUUUAAAAUGACAACCACGACAAAAUGAGGUUAUAUCUCGCUUUUGUGAUAAUUAUUUGUUUUUCAUGGGAUUCGGGCGAAUGUUUAAUGCCUGCCAAUGCAAAUAAGAGUGUUGAUCAGCAGUUAGAAUACAGACCCGAAGGGCCGCUGGUGAUGUGUAAAUUUCUAUCGAUAGAAUUUAUAGAAUGUGAAGAACCAAUUGAUCACAAAGGAAAUAAAACUGCCAAGGAAGAGACAGGCUUUGGUUGUGUUAAGUUUGGAGGAUCUCGCUAUGAAGAUGUAGAGAAAACUAAAGUAUCAUGUACAGUAUUGCCAGACAUCGAGUGCUUUGGACCAAGAACAUUCUUUCGCGAAGGAGUACCGUGUAUAAAAUAUAGUGAUCACUUUUUCGCAACAACUCUCUUAUAUAGCAUUUUACUGGGAUUCCUUGGUAUGGAUCGAUUUUGCCUUGGUCAUACUGGAACAGGAGUAGGCAAAUUGUUGACAUUAGGUGGUAUGGGAGUAUGGUGGAUUGUUGAUGUCAUUUUAUUGGUGACAAAUUCCUUACAACCUGAGGAUGGUAGUAAUUGGAAUCCAUAUGUAUAAUAUUCAUAUUACUUAAGGAAUUAAGCAACAUUUUUUGUAUAUAAUUUGUAAUUUAUUUGUAAAUAAAUCACAGUGUGUAACAAAGUGCAAUAAUGUAAUAUAAUACAAGAGAAAUAGAUUACAUCUUACAUAAAGUCAGAA